CCCCAACAUCUCAACUUUCUCAAACCUCCAUUACAGAACGACACCGUACCAUGCUCUAUUCUUCUACUUUCUCUCCCUCCAUCCUCUCCCUUCCCCCGAACUCAAACAAAUCCCCUACUCCUGCACCAUCUCGCACCGGAUACCAUCCGCCUCGGGCCACCGCCACAGCCACCUCCUCCACCUGCUCCACGUACCUUAACUCCCACGGGAUGGCGUCUUCCUGCACUUCGCUCUACGAUAUCUUGGGAAUUCCCGUGGGGGCCACGAGCCAGGAAAUCAAGUCCGCGUACCGACGACUAGCAAGGGUCUGUCAUCCAGAUGUAGUUGCAACCGAUCGGAAGGACUCGUCGGCCGGCGAGUUUAUGAAGAUUCACGAUGCGUACUCCACGUUAUCGGACCCCGAGAAGCGCGCUGUUUACGACCGGAGAUUUGCUCGGCGGGGAAGGCCGUUGAACUCGGCGGUUUCUUCAGGGUUCUCGUCGUACACGAGACGGAACUGGGAGACUGACCAGUGCUGGUGACAGCGUUGACUCGCUGCUGAGUUGAGUUAAUCGAGUUCAUCAGUGAUUAUUGAUUGAUUCUCAUGGCACGGAAAAAUCGCCCGAUAUGACAUAGGAAAUCUCCGUAAGUACAUAGUACAGUGGACUAUUUCUCACCAUAAGUGAUCCAGUGGUAACACGAUUGUGUCCUCCAGCAAUCAGAGCCGUUGAUCGUGCCACGCAAGUCUGUAACUAGCUGAUAAAUAUUAUACCCCGUUGAGAAUAGGAUGUAAUUUUUAAUUAAUUUAUAAUUAGCA